GUGAUAACGAAGGCUAGAUUAAGGGCCAUGAGGGCCAGGUUCAGGGUCACAGGGGUCAGAUUAAGGACAUGGAGGUUGGCGAGGAGAGCAUGCAGACCCGAGUCCUUCCUCGAAUUUGUUAGAUAUCCCAGAAUUGUCGCGAAUCCACUGGUAAACAGUGAAGACUCCCAUUGGAAUCUGCUGAGUAGUUUUCCCGUGAAUCGCGGGAAAUGAAACAUACCCAAGAUUUGUUGUAUGCAAAGAUUAGAGGGCUAUUGGUCAUGUCGAAGAAAGCCGGACAUUGCCGACUUUGAAAUGUAUAUAAGAGAGAACGAAAGCAUGAAGCGUUAGUUUUCCCGACAGGCCAUAAGGACAGUGGCUCAUUAAUUAUCCAGAAACUAUGGGAUGCAAGGGAACUCAGUUGAUGCUGUACUUGGCAGUGUGCAUUACUGCUGGAAAUACCCAGAAUAACGAAAAAAUAGUGAACGGCCAGACUGCCUGGCCCGGGCAAUUUCCGCAUCAGGUCUCACUGCAGCAGAGAAAAUCCCACUUCUGCGGAGGAAGCAUCAUCGACGCCACUCACGUACUGACUGCGGCGCAUUGCGUUAUCGAUGAGUCUCUCCAGGUUUUUCGACCUCAAGAACUCCAAGUCGUCGCAGGCGUUGUAGAUCACCUAGCCGCCAAGCAAUCAAACACAUUCGCAGUCGCUGCGAUCAUUCCGCAUGAAUCUUACAAUCCAAGAGCCCUGACUAAUGAUAUCGCUAUUUUGAAGUUGGCUCGACCCAUUACUUUCAAUGCGCUGCAAAAACCAAUUCGCUUGCCACGCGGGGACACUCCGUCCGGUGCACAGGCCACAGCCAGCGGCUGGGGAGCUACAUGGACAAAUUUUGCUGGGCUGCCUGGCCCCUGUCCACGAUAUUUGCAACAACUUCGGAUGAUGGCUCUCAGCUUGGACGAAUGCAAAAGCCUUAAUGACGAUCGAAUUAGUCCUGGCCAAUUGUGCGCUGUGCGUCCCACAGGAUCAGGAAUAUGUUUCGGCGACAGUGGGGGUCCUCUCAUCUACAAAGGUGAAAUUAUCGGCGUCAGUUCCUUCGUAAAGGGUGGAUGCGCCUCCCCAAACGCCGAUUUCUUCACACGUGUUUUCAAUUAUAUACCGUGGAUCAACGACGUCUUGACACGUACCACCAGAAUCAUGAGGGAACUUGCGGGCCUCCAGUUGUUGACGCUGGCUGCCUGCAUGUCCGUUGUAUAUGCAAGAGGCGCAACGAAAAUUGUCGGCGGUCAAAACGCCAAACCCGGUGAGUUUCCGUAUCAAGUGUCAAUCCGAAAGUUCAAUCGACACUGGUGUGGAGGUAGCAUUCUGGAUGCCACUCACAUUUUGACGGCAGCGCACUGUUUCGUUUCCGAUGAGAAAGUUGCUGAUAAUCCUUCCGCCCUUCAAGUUGUCACCGGCACCAUCUAUUCGGAGGACCUACGACCGGAUAACGUAUUCGCAGUUUCUCGAGUCAUUGCUAACGACUAUUACACACCACAUGAACGUAACAAUGUCGCUUGGCUCGCUGAUAUUGCUGUUUUGAGGUUGAAAGAAGCGAUGCCUCUAGACCGUAAUCUUCGCUGGCCCAUCAGCCUGCCAAGCAGCCCCACACCUCCUCGUACACGGGUCAUGGUGAGCGGUUGGGGGACAUCAUAUUUCGACACAAAAGGUGCUAAAAGUGUCACAUGGCUUCAAAAGCUACGCAUGGAGACCAUCAGUCUUGCUGCGUGCCAAAUUGCUCUACCCUAUCAAGUCAACGUCGGACAACUCUGCGCUGUAACCCCCCGUGGUCAUGGUGGACGUGCAAAGCCCCCAGCGAGGAUAAUCAAGGGGCAAUAUGCCUCGCUUGGCGAGUGUCCGUAUCAGGUGGAGCUGCGAAAGUUCGACCAACAUUGGUGUGGAGGAAGCAUCCUCGAUGCUACUCACAUCUUGACUGCGGCGCACUGUUUUUCUCAUGGCAGCACAGUGACUCGAGCUGAGGACAUCGAAGUCAUCGCAGGUGUUGUUGAUUUCAAUGCGCGAAAGGAUGACAAUGUUUACGCUGUUUCCGAAAUUGUUGUUCAUCAGGAUUGGAAUCCCGCGAUAUCUCGGAGUGCGGCACAUUUUGCUGAUAUUGCUGUUCUAAAGUUGGCGAGACCCAUUCGUUUCAAUCGUCAUCGGCGGCCGGUUACGCUGCCAAGUCGUAAUCCACCUAUUGGUGCAUCCGUCAUCGCCAGUGGGUGGGGGGUAUCAGAUCACAAUGGGGAGACGAGUCCGAUCUGGCUACAAAAACUGAGAAUGAAGCUUGUCAGCCUAGACGACUGCAAAACAGCGCAUCCUCAGCAAGUCGAUGAAGGGCAUGUCUGUGCGUUAGGUCCUUCGGGGUCGGCAGUCUGCUAUGGUGAUAGCGGUGGUCCUUUGGUUCACAACAACGAACUCAUAGGUGUCGUUUCAUGGGGCGCCGGAUGCAUCAAAAGAGCUCCAGAUGUCUUCACCAGUGUCGUAUUUUACAAGGAAUGGAUCGAAUGGGCCGUGAAAUACCACUGAUUAUAAGGUUUAUGUGACAUCUGAAACUUUGUGCUCAAUCAUGUACGAUCGUUCAAUAUAUGAGAAGUAGUCUGUGACAGACGAAAAAAUUCGAUUUUAGUGAAA